GCUUAGACUGGAAGAGGUGGUUCUGCAACAAAGGCACCCCGGCACCAAAGGCAGACGAUUGUCCGCGAGAGAACGUAUUUCUCAACCAAUCAAAUUUAGGGGUAGCAAAGAGGGCGGCCUCUUACCACUCAGAAUACAGGCUGAGGCGGGACAAAGCACAGAGUGACGGCUCUUCGCCCAAUGGCGGAUGGGAUCGCGUUUGAACCGUCCAAUGAGAUGGCUGGAGGGGGGGCCCGUCUUUUUGCGGGUAUAAAAGCGGCUGCCGGGGCAGGGGGCGGCGGCGAGUGGAAUUCAUCUGCUGCCGGCCUCUCGCUCCGGAGCUUUCGCCCGUCUCUCCCCGCCAUGACCACCACCACCACCUACAAGGGCGUGGACCCCAACGGCAGGAACAGCUCCAGGGUAUUGCGCCCUCCAGGUGGAGGUUCCAAUUUCAACUUGAGCUUUGAUUUGCCAAAAGAGCAGCCUGUGCGAAGGAACAAAAUGGCAUCCAACAUCUUUGGUCUUCCUGAAGAGAAUCCAGUUUCUAGGGAUGGCUCAACAGGGGCCAUGCCCAGAGGUGUCGGAGAAGAUUCUGAACCAUCUGGACCCCAAAGGAAAAACUCUUCUGAUGCAAACUGUGGGGACUUUGUAGAUUCAAAGGACGGGGAAAGCGGUGAAACUUUUGAAAACAUUGAGGCUGAUGUAGAAGCUGCUCCAGGCCAGAGUGAAGAAAAAACCCUGCCUGCUGCACCUGUUCCUAGCCCGGUAGCACCAGUACCUGCACCAUCCAGGAGAAAUCCACCUGGUGGAAAGUCCAGCCUAGUCCUCGGUUAAACCCGUUCCUUUCUGACUGUUUUGAACUCAUGUCUGUUUCUUUUCCCCUAUGCUUGUGAACUGCACAACUUGAGCCUGACUGUACAUCUCGAAUUUCUUUCAUUAAAAAGAAGCACUUUAUGUACUGCCAUUUUUUUUUAUUUUUU